AUGGGACAAUAUGGGUCGAGAUUGGAGCCAAAUGUUGAGCAGAAGAGCUUUGAGAGAUUCUCAGCUGUGACUUGUUCCGCCCAGGGCUGGAGACCAAGUAGAAAUGGAAGACAGACACAUCACACUAAUGGAACUGAACCCCGGGAAGAAUGUUCUGGCUCGACCGCCUGUGCAAUUCUCAUCGACUCGGAUCAAGUUUAUUGUUCAAACAUUGGCGAUUCGCGAGCUGUCGCUUCUAUCGCAGGCCACGUCUGUCCGCUGAGUUUCGACCACAAGCCAAAUCGAAGGGAUGAACUGAAGAGGAUCGAAUCUGGCGGAGGGUGGGUCGAGUUCAACAGAGUCAACGGUGCACUGGCCAUGUCAAGGGCUCUUGGAGACUUUUUCUUCAAACAGAAUAUUGACAGCCCACUUCACAAGCAAAUUGUCACAGCGAUACCCGAUGUGAUAAUCUGCAAGCAGAAGGAACUUGAGUUUCUCGUUCUCGCCUGCGAUGGCGUUUUCGACAUGAUGACCAAUGCUGAAGUUAUUAAAUUCGUGCGGAACAAGUUGGCACAGAAGAUCCAUCCCAAGGAGAUCUGCCAACGCUUGUUGGAAGUGUGCAUCGCCGAACAACCCUCGACCUCACUGCCUGGCUGCGACAAUGUUACAGUCACAAUUAUCUUCCCGUCUGAUCUCGCUUCCAUUUAUAAAAAAUGUGCAAAGCCAAAAAGUUCAAAGAAGCCAACUUUAGCAAUGUCCGAUUCCGAUUAUGCUGCUGCAUGCGGAGAGAAUAGCGCGUAA